UUCUGUCGUCGUUUUCGUAGACUCCCUCCCACUCAUCAGUCACUCCGCGUGUGUAUUCGAGAGAGAGAGAGAGAGAGAGAGAGAGAUCAUCAGAUCAUCCCCAAAAACUUCGAGCAAAAAACCCUAAAAUCACUCGCAUUGUGUCUCUGCAAUCAACACCUGUAACUCGACAUCUUCGGUCUAAAUGGGGUCCUCAGAUGCCAAUGAAAACCCUGAAGUAACUGGCAAGGAUGGGAAGAAGUGGAAUGGAGGAAUGGAUUUCAUGGAUCUGGAUGAGCUAUUUGAAGAGCCAGGAACUAGCAGUAAGGCCGAGAAGUCAAAUGGAGAUAUGCUGAUAGAUACUGAUGACGAUGAACUGAUGGACCCGACAUCAAUACACGAUUUGGGAGCAGAAUUCCUGAAGAAUGUGUGUAGGAAGGUUUCAAUGUCUUUUUUCGAUCAACAUGGGUUGAUCAGUCACCAAAUCAAUUCGUACAAUGAGUUCAUAAAAACUGGAGUCCAGAAUGUAUUUGACUCCAUUGGUGAGGUCACAGUGGAGCCCGGUUAUGAUCCAUCGAAGAAGGGGGACAAUGAAUGGCGGUUUGCUUCAGUGAAGUUUGGGAAGGUAACUCUUGAGCGGCCGCGGUUUUGGACAGGUGAUAAGUUUUCGGCUGACAGCGGUAAAGAGUUCCUUGAUUUGCUGCCCAGACAUGCUCGCCUUCAGAAUAUGACAUACUCAUCCCGAGUGAAAGUUCAAAUUCAUGUCCAGGUAUAUACACAGAGUCUUGUUAGAAGUGACAAGUUUAAAACUGGAAAAGAACAGUAUGUUGAUAAGGACCCUAUAAGUGAUGAUAACCGGGAUGUCAUUAUUGGUCGGAUUCCUGUAAUGCUCAAAUCUGAUUUGUGCUGGAUGAAGGGGGUUGAGAAAAGUGAUUGUGACUUUGAUCAUGGAGGCUAUUUCUUGAUCAAGGGUGCCGAGAAGACAUUCAUUGCACAGGAGCAAAUCUGCCUCAAAAGACUUUGGGUUUCUAAUAGUCCAUCUUGGACAGUAGCAUACCGCGAUGUUUCAAAGAGGAAAAGAGUAUAUAUAAAACUGGAACCUCCUAAACGUGAACAUAUUAGAGGAGGAGAGAAAGUCCUCUCAGUAUACUUCUCUGCAGUAGAGUUUCCAAUCUGGAUUUUGUUUUUUGCUCUUGGUGCAUCAUCUGAUAAGGAAGUGGUUAAUUUGAUUGAUUGCGAUGGUGAAGAUUCCAGAAUUGUCAAUGUACUCAUCGCAUCGAUUUAUGAUGCUGACGAGAUUUGCAAGGGCUUCCGAAGGGGGAGAAAUGCUAUUAAUGACAUUAUGAAGAAGAUAGAAAACUGCAAAUUUCCACCUCAAGAAUCUAUUGAAGCGUUCUUGAGCAAUUACUUGUUCCCUAAUCUUAGUGGUUUCCGGCAAAAGGCCCGUUUUCUAGGCUAUAUGGUGAAAUGUCUCUUGCAGGCCUACACUGGGCGCAGAAAAAUUGAUAAUAGAGAUGAUUUUAGAAACAAGAGGUUGGAACUGGCAGGUGAGCUGCUUGAAAGAGAGCUGAGAGUACACGUGAAGCAUGCUGAGAGGCGUAUGGUGAAAGCUAUGCAAAGAGAUCUUUAUGGGGAGCGUGUCAUCCAUGCUAUUGAACACUACCUGGAUGCAUCUAUUAUCACUAACGGUCUUUCUCGGGCAUUCUCAACUGGAGCGUGGUCACAUCCUUACAAAAAGAUGGAAAGGAUAUCUGGGGUCGUGGCAACACUUAGGAGAACAAAUCCGUUGCAGACUAUUGCUGAUAUGAGGAAAACACGGCAACAGGUUUCAUACACCGGGAAGGUUGGAGAUGCCCGAUACCCACACCCCUCCCACUGGGGAAAGAUUUGCUUUCUGUCUACCCCGGAUGGUGAAAAUUGUGGGCUUGUAAAGAAUUUGGCCAUCACUGGCCUUGUCAGUACCAAUAAUGAGGAACAUUUUCUUGACAAAUUGCUGGAUUCUGGUAUGGAGAAACUGGUGGAUGACACUUCAACUUUGCUUUCUGGUAAAGUCAAAGUUUUUCUGGAUGGGAACUGGGUUGGAGUAUGUGAAGAUUCUGUUUCAUUUGUUGCCGCUCUAAGACGCAAGCGACGACGGAAGGAAGUACCACACCAGGUUGAGAUCAAAAGAGAUGAGCAGCACAGAGAAGUACGCGUUUUUUCUGAUGCGGGAAGGAUUUUGCGUCCUCUUUUAGUUGUUGAGAACUUAGGGAAGAUUAAAGCUUCGAAGGGGGGAGAUUACAGCUUUCAAUCUCUUCUGGAUAAGGGAGUAAUUGAAUUUAUUGGUACUGAAGAAGAAGAAGACUGCAGAACUGCUUGGGGUAUCAAUUACCUCUUUAUGGAAAAUGAAGCCAAGGCACCUGUCAAGUACACACAUUGCGAACUUGACAUGUCGUUUCUAUUAGGGUUAAGCGCUGCCAUUAUUCCCUUUGCAAAUCAUGACCAUGCAAGGAGGGUCCUUUACCAAUCAGAGAAGCAUUCCCAACAGGCUAUGGGCUUUAACACAACAAAUCCAAAUAUCAGAGUGGACACCAAUACCCAUCAGUUGUACUACCCACAAAGGCCUCUUUUCCGUACCAUGGUUUCUGAUUGUCUUGGAAAGCCGGGAUAUCCCCUAGGGCACAAUGGAAUAGUGCCAAGGGCUGAAUACUUCAAUGGCCAAUGUGCCAUUGUGGCAGUAAAUGUACACUUGGGGUACAACCAAGAGGAUUCCUUGGUAAUGAAUCGGGCUUCAUUGGAGCGUGGGAUGUUUCGUUCAGAGCACAUCAGAAGUUACAAAGCUGACGUUGAUAAUAAGGAAGCAGUUGGGAAGAAGCCCAAGUUUGAGGAUUCGGUGAAUUUUGGGAAGGUGCAGAGCAAAAUUGGACGUGUUGACAGCCUUGAUGACGAUGGUUUUCCUUUCAUUGGUGCUAACCUGCAAAAUGGAGAUAUCGUCGUUGGGAGGUGUGCGGAAUCUGGGGCUGAUCACAGUAUAAAACUGAAGCACACGGAAAGGGGUAUGGUUCAGAAAGUAGUCUUAUCUGCCAAUGACGAGGGAAAGAAUUUCGCUGUCGUAUCUUUGAGACAGGUUCGAACGCCAUGCCUUGGGGACAAGUUCUCCAGCAUGCAUGGGCAGAAGGGUGUUCUGGGUUUUUUGGAGUCCCAAGAGAAUUUUCCCUUCACCAUACAAGGGAUUGUUCCAGAUAUUGUGGUAAACCCCCAUGCUUUUCCUUCAAGGCAGACUCCUGGUCAAUUGCUUGAGGCUGCCUUGGGGAAGGGGAUUGCCUGUGGUGGGUUGCAAAAAUACGCCACCCCCUUUUCCACUCUUUCUGUUGAUGCCGUAACAGAUCAGCUUCAUAGGGCUGGAUUUUCAAGAUGGGGAAGUGAGAGGGUAUACAAUGGCCGAACUGGUGAGAUGAUUCACUCUCUUGUGUUUAUGGGCCCCACCUUCUACCAGCGUCUGACCCAUAUGUCGGAAGACAAGGUCAAGUUCCGCAACACGGGCCCAGUGCAUCCCCUCACGAGGCAGCCAGUGGCAGAUAGGAAGCGUUUUGGAGGUAUCAAAUUUGGUGAGAUGGAACGUGACUGCCUUAUAGCCCAUGGUGCAGCAGCAAAUCUGCACGAACGACUCUUCACUCUCAGUGACUCCUCCCAAAUGCACAUAUGCCGAAAGUGCAACAACAUUGCAAAUGUUAUCCAACGCGCUGUGCCAGGUGGUCGGAAGAUUAGGGGUCCCUACUGCCGGUUUUGUGAAUCUGUUGAAGAGAUUGUUAGGGUCAAUGUUCCGUAUGGUGCAAAGCUACUGGCCCAAGAACUUUUCAGCAUGGGCAUCACGAUGAAGUUUGAGACCGAGCUUGGCUGAAACAAACUAAUUCCCUUGUCUAUCUUUUGGUUUUUCUGAUCACCAAUCCCUUGUUUAUCUGACCUGUGGUGAGAUUAUGUUUAUCUGCAGUAAUGUUGGAGUAAAGACGUAUGUGCUCAGCUCUCUUGUUGUAAAGAAUUUGCACUGUUGGCUUUUGUAGUACUUGUUAUCGAACCUAACGGAAGGUUGAACGAGUCUUUAAAAUUGUGGCAAAAGGCAAAUGGAAAGUGAUUGGAGCCAAAA